CCAACCGCAUCUAAUACGCACCCUUAGGCCUUCCAGAUACGGGUUAAAACCGUUAGGUUGGAGCCUACUGUCGUCCUCAAGCAAUUUCACGGAAAUGAGAGUGCCAGAGACAGUGCAGACUUGGUAGGCAGCUCCAUAGGUCGGAUGCAUGAUGCAAUGUUUUUGUCUAACUUAUUCACACUUUAGCCUACUUUCAAGUAGUGUACUUGGUUUGACAAGUGUGGGUUCAAGAACUUACCUCAGAUGCUGUGAUGUGAAGUUUUCUUAUUGCUGACCUUACUGAUAGGGCGUAUGGUGUGAACUGCUGAUGACAGCGAAGCCACUGUAUGCAUGUUUGCAGAAUGUGAGCUAGGCUACUUAAGAUAACUUUUUUCUUUUUGCAAAUUGUCGGCCGGAAAUCAUAUACUCUCAACAUGUCGCUGAAUAUUCUAAAUUUCAAAAAGGGUUGGAUAUUCAGGUUGGAUGAUGAUGAAGAGUGGAGAAAAUACUGGUUUGUUUUGACUAAGUCAAGGCUGAAAUAUUACAGAGAUUCACAGGCAGAGGAGAGAGAUGAACUGGAAGGAGAGAUGGACUUAAGUUCUUGUACAGAUAUUGUUGAGUGUGACGUGGAGAAGAACUAUGGAUUUCAGGUUCAUACCAAAGAGUCGGUGAUAACUUUGUCUGCCAUGACUUCCAGAAUCAGGAGGAACUGGGUUGAGAUUUUAAGAGGGAAUAUUUUUUCAGACAAUCUCCAGGACCAAUGCCGAGAUCGCAGGCCCCGAGAUGCCGAGAACGCAGACCCCAAGGCCAGUUCCCUAGAUGUUGAUCAGGAUGAAUCAAAUCUAUUGAGAGCUCCACUGACUAAUCAGAGAGAGGCAGGGGAGGGACGUGAUCGUGAUCAAGAGAGGAGAUUGGAGGAUCGGACCAAGUGGUUCCAGGAAGGUGUUCUGUGCGGUGAUGGGGUGAGCACCAGAUGGGACACAAUUGAACUUAAAAAGGGGACAUCCCAAGCAACAAAUCAAUUAGCAGAGAAUAUUGUUGGAAAAAGCAAAGACAUUGACAGGAAAUGGGAAGAUUUUGAGAGGCUGCCAUUUGGAGAGACGGAGGCCCUUUGUCUGGAUGGUUCUUCAAACCAUGAGUCAAGUAAUGAGGGAGAGGUUUUGCCACCGAGACAAAGAAGAGAAGUGUCAUGCUAUGGGCAAGCAGAAGGUAGCUGGAGCGCUGGAUUGGGGGGGGCAUGUGGCCCCUCGGCCCCCUGUGGCCCUCAGCUCCGAGCACUGGAGCAGCGCUAUAAAGAGAGCCUGGAGGCAGCGCAGAGGGAACACGGCAGACAGAUGGAGGAGCUGCAGAAAGAAAAGGAGCGACUCUUGAUGAAGGAAGCCCAAGCUGCUGCCAAGACUAUGGAGGCUUUAAGGAAGGCCCAUCAGGAGGAGCUGGAGAAAGCCAAAGGUUUGGUGGGAAGAGACGUUCUAGCAGAGAGCAGAAUGCAGUUGUGUGAGGCGGAUGAGCUGCAGGUGGAGCUGGAGGGGCUGUCUGAGAGGUACUCGGAGAAGUGUGUGGAGCUCAGCCGCAUGCAGCAGAGGAGUCAAGAGAGCGGCUCAGAGAUGGAGCACGAGAAAGUCAUAGAGCAACUCAGGAGAGAAAACCAGGAACUGCAGUCACGGUUGACUGAAGAAAUCACCCUCAUGCGCACCCUCAUCACAGGUCAAAGGUCACAGUCACAGUUGAUUUUCUAUGGAAAUCACGAUCAUAGCCCCACAGACAUGGAGGUGCUAUUACGAGCAAAAGAAAAUGAGAUCAUGUAUCUGCAGAAGGAGAUCAGCUGUCUCAGAAAUGAAGUAGCCUCUCUAAUGAAGGAGAAACAGUCUGUGUGUGAGCGCUUUAAGGAGGUGUACGUGGAGCUGAGCCGGGUGAGAGGGGCCAGUGAGCGGGAGCUGGGCUGUCUGAGGGAGCACCUGAACCUCACUCUAGCGGCAGUGCAAGAGCAACGGCACACCAGCAGCAGCUCGUAGACCUGAACACCAGUCUCCUGAUGCAGGCAGCUACAGUGGAUUACCACACAUGGGCCAAUGCCAGCUCUUCUGUCAAAUUAUUUAACAAUUAUGACAAGCUGUGUGUUAGUUAGCCUUGUGGUAUGACUAAGAGAACAAAAGCUUUUCGAUUUUAAUGAUUAAUAUUUAAAUUAUACCACUCCUUUGCACAUAGUGAUCAGAUGAAGGAAUUUUAUUUUGAAAACAGAAUGGACUCAGAGACAUAUAGUCAUCUUAUUUAAUAGGAAACAAUAAAGUUAUGAUUUAGAAACCCC